GCUUCACUUCAGAGAUCCUAGAAGCUGACGCCUUUCCGUCUGAGCUUCCCAACUCCACAGGAGGACCGGUCCUGGCCAUGUCGCCGCUGCUUUUGUUUUCAAUCGCCUGCCUCAAGUGGGCCGCCGGCGAAGUUUGCAGAGGCGAGGGCUGCGAGGUUGAGACGUCCGAGCUGUUGCAACAUUCGGCGAAGGAUUCUUGGUGGUGGCACCGCCAUCGCUGGGGUUACAACCGCUAUGGAUACAACCACUACAAAUCUUACAGCUCCUAUGGCGGCAAAGGAAAGAAGCCCAAUAUCCUAGUCAUCAUCGUCGACGAUCUUGGCUUCAAUCAGGUCGGCUUCCGUGCAAAUGCAGUCAACAACUCAGAUGUCGUCACCCCUAACAUCGAUCAGCUGGCAGGUGAAGGGAUCGUCAUGGAUCGAUUCUAUGCAACUCCUUGGUGUGCGCCUAGCCGCGGAGCUUUGCAGACCGGCCGUUUGGAUGCCCUGAACCCAUGGGUACCGAACAAUGUCUGGAAUUGGGAUCCCAACGCCCAAUACGUGGACCUGGAAGGAAAAAGCAGGACGACGCCGUUUGUCGGAGGGGUCCAGCCAGGGACUUUCACGAUCGCGAACCGUCUGCAGGAGCUGGGCUAUCGAAAUCACCUGAACGGCAAGUGGGGCAUCGGAGGCGGUGCCUACCUCAACACGCCCAUGGGCAUGGGGUAUGAGACUUUCAUGGGCUGGUUCGGCGACAGCAUGGAGAGAUGCGAUGGAGACCUUCAACUCCUCCUGGUGCGAUUUGUUGGAAACAUCAACGAGGAGGAGGCGAUGGUGGGCUGCAAGAGUUUCAAGGAGGCGCUCGACAAUGUGGCUGACGAGCAAAUCCGGCGAAGGUCGCGGCAGAUUAUUGCAGAGCACGACUACGAGGAGGCACCGCUCUUCCUUGUCCACGCUCUGCAGCUCAUGCACUUGCCCAUUCAAUAUCCGCGCCGGUUUGCGCCAAAAAACUUGACGAGCUUCAGCCGCCCACAGAACGAGGAUCUGCGGGCAGCAACCUAUGGUGCUCUGGAAUAUGUCGACUGGGUUGUCGGGGACCUCGUUGCGGCCGUGAAGGAGCAAGGCCAGUACGAGAACACGAUUGUUUUUUUCACCUCCGACAAUGGUGGCGCGAUCUAUGGUGGCCAGCGCGUGAACGCCCUCUUUGCUGGCGGUUGGGUGGGUGCGAAGCUAGACAAGAACCGACUGUCGCCCUUUACAAGCGAUACCGUGAUGUCCAUCAACGACCUGGCCGAAACCUUGUUGGAGAUGAUCACGGACAGGCCAUACCCAGAUGGAGGCAUGCGGAAUGCACCUGGGCCACUCACGGGUGUUCCCAUGUGGAAGGCCAUCCUUCAGAAGACCCAGGUCCCGCGCAAGAUCACUUAUUCUGAGGUGAUGGAGCUUCGAGUGGGGCCGGACAUCACAGACCUCAAGAAAAUCUGGUUCACCGAGAACAACACUCUCAUCUCGGAUGGGAACUGGACACCCAACUUCCCCAACAACUCCGAGUUUAUCCCGGACCUCGGCUACAAGUACGUUCGGCCUUGCAGCACGCCCUACUGUUACUUCGAUCUCUACAGCGAUCCGUCCGAGCAGACGAAUCUUUUUCUGGGCCCUGCCGAGGAGCAGGCGCUGCGACUGGAGGUGUUAGCGGACUGGAACCUUUUUGUGAUCAACACUUCGCGCGUCCGGGAGAUCGACUUGAACGUUCCGACUACCCGGAAGGUCGCGCUCUGGACGCACAUGGGCGCCUCGGGGCCUUUCUUGAGCACUGCGGCAGAGCCCGUGAUCCCGCCCGUGGCCCAGUGCUGGUGCGUCUGGAUCCAGGAUGGCUUGGCAGUGGAGGAUGUCACACAUGUCGUCUUCAACCUCUACCUGGGUCCGAGGUGCGUCGACAGUAUCUUCGCCCAACUCGCGCCUGCUGCUCUCCCAUGUGAACCGCCGCUGCGCCUCACACAGGCGCCUAUGCCCUUCAACUUGUCGGAAGCGCUUUGGGCAGAGAUCGGCUUCGAGACGUCGGACUUCGAGUCGAUCCGCCAGGCCGACUGGCUCUUUGGGAACUUCUCAACUCCGCUGCCCCUGCUUCUCCUGCGCUGGAACUUCGCGUUGGUCGAAGGCUUGCAGGCGAUGAACAACCGCACCGGCUUCGCCAAUUGGGCCAACAUUGAGAAGUACCCUUUCAGUUUGGCCUACACCGAUCAUUGCCCAAACUUCGAUAUCUUCACGGCUCCGACGCCUGUUACCCAGGUGACAGAUUGGCUCAUUUCCGGCGGCAUCUUCAACAAUCCCACUAGUGGAGCGGGCAACAACACCGAAAGCAAUGUGACAGCAUGCUUUCCAGUGGACACGGACCUAUCGGUUUGUCCUAGCCUAGACAACAACCCUCCAACUGUGGACGGCUACAAGGUCCCGAUCUACAACACCAGCUUUUGCCUCGAGUACUGCGUCUUGUGGAACCCGGAAGUCGACUAG